AUGGCGCCCACCGUUUUCCGCGGCCUAGUGUCGAGGCUCUCGACGUCGCGGAAUGCGGUGAGCUCGACAAAGGUGUUUGACCACGGCCCGCUGGCGGCUCGGGCGAUUCUCUUGGCUCGUGAUGCAGCGACUACGACACCCGACCCACACGUGGGCGUAACUGCGCCGCAAUCGAUCAACAACAAUGCUAUCUUUGCGCUCUUUGGCAUUCUAGGAGCCGCCAUCUGCGUGGCCAUGAUUUGGUUCUUCUUCUGGGCUAAGAACGGCGGCUUCCACUUUACCAACAACGACUGGGAGGAUUACAAGACGACGGUGCUGCGCCGUCGGGGGCCCAACGGAACGAUCCUGUCAAACGCCACACCCAGCACCGACCUGGGUGGCGGCAGCAUCUACAAGGAUGUCGACGACAACUCGACUGAAGAUGCUUCCACGGUGAUCACCGGCGUGACCGGCAUAACGGAGUCGACUGCGAUGUCAGGUAUCACGGCCGGCGUCAGUGACAUUAUGGGCCGCGAGAAGCGCCGCAAGAAGAAGGAGCAUCGUGACCGCGAAAAGGAACGGCGCCGCGAGGAAAAACACAACGAGAAACUCCGCAAGAAGAACGACGGCAAGUCGCGGUCCAGCCGCAAGGUCAACGAGGACGGUGUGGUCGACGAGAUGGCCGAGGCCAACGCCCAGGCCCACCUGCGCGACUACCGUCACGAGAAGGUUGCCCGCGUGGGCGGCAUCAACAAGGCCAGUGACAGCUCGCAGUGGGACGGCUCCAACCCGAGUGCGUCGUCGGCCGCGACCGAGAGCACGGUGACGUCGGAGCUCAUUUCGAACCGCGAACACACGCCGACCAACACGCCAACCAAGAAGGGCAUCCGCAAGGUGUACAGCACAGCUGACCGCAAUGCUGCCCGUGAGCAGGAGCGUGUCCGCGCGGAGGGCCGGCGCCUACAAGAGCGGGGCCAGCGCGCCUCUCACUCAUACGCGGCGUCUGCCGCGGCGAGCAGCAACCGUCGCGACUUUAGCUGGCAGUACGGCGAGGAUGCAAGCACACCGCUGCGCCAGAUUGACGAGGGCGAGGGCACACAGGCCGGCGGCGACGGCCGGUCGCAAGUUCCCGGUGCGUGGACGGAUGCUGGCCAGUCGGAGAGCGACCUAGGCACCAAAUCGUACCGCCACGUCAUUCCCGGCCUGUCGGCACCCAGUGCGUACUCGGGCAGCUCGAGCGUUGUUUCCGAGACACAGGACUUUGCCUAUGCCGAGGAGAAGAGAAAGCGUCGCCAAGAGCGCAACGGGGGCUACCGCCGCGGUUGA